AUGGUUAAUGAUUUAUUUUUGCAAUGGCUCUCAUUAUCAGAUACACGUACAAUACUCUAUGGUGCUUUGCAGAGUGCUCGAACAAAUAGUAAAAUGCCUGAUCUUGUCGCAUAUCCGAAGACUUAUACAACACGAGGUGGAGGAUUUUCUAAACCACAACAUUUCGAUUCACCACCUGUUUCGCCUGUACCACGAACAGCUUCAAGUCCACGUAGUGGUCUAUCUUCGAUUCCAUCGACUGGUGAAUUUACUCCUGGCUUAAGUGGUAAUAGUGAUGAAAGAAAACAACGUUCACUAAAGAAAAAAUAUCCAGUAGUAAAUGGUAGCCCUGCUUCUAGUACUAUUACAAAUAGCAACAUCGAUCAACAACAAAAACGCCGACGGGCAAUACAUUUUUGUGAGCAGUGUCGAUAUUAUGGUCGUUAUUGUGAUGCUAUUCAUAAAGGCUUUUGUCGACCUGUUUCGACACCAUUGGCACGUAUAUCGAUAUCACCGAAAAUUCCCAAAUCGCAUAUCAAUUUUGUUUUCGAAAAGCGUUAUCCAGCUGAACAAAUACAGCAACAUAUUCAACAACAAAUUCGACAAAAAUUUACCAAUCCUGAGGCUAUAUGGCCACUUAGACCACAAGCAAUAGUAGGACAACAAUCUACUAUUCCCGAUCAGCAACAUCGAUCGGCUUUCUUCAUUUCUGAGGUAUCCGGUGGAAAAGCUUCACCAUCUCAAAUAGUCAAAUCAGAGCCUUUACCAUCUUCAUCACCAUCAAUAACAAGCGCUCUUCCAACUCGACUAUCCAUAACAGCAGCAGCAGAAACUACACAAUCAAAUGGUACAAUAUCAAAACAGACACCCGUCAUACAAGCUCGUUUACAAUCCCCUCCACCAAUUGUUCGUGAUCUCUCUCCACCACCUACAUCACCUAAAUCAACAAGUGUUGGAGUCGCUUCUCUACGUGAACAUUUCGAUAUUGUUGAACAAUCACCAUCAAUUACAAAACCAAAAACUCCAUCACGUGCUAAAUCACCUGUUUCAUCAGUACCUACCGAUAAUCUUCAACGACAACCAUCGAAAACAGCAACAACACCUGUCAAAGAAGUUUCACCAAUACCAAUAUCAGUUGUUAAAUCUGAAGAAAAAUCGGAAACCGUUGAACCGAUUCCUAAAUUUUAUUUUCCUAAUGGACAAAUAUCAACACCAUCAGCUAUUGAUAUAUUGCUUACAAGACAAUUGCGUCAAGUGAAAGAAGAUUUAUUUGUACCAAAGCAUGAUAAAUUGCAUUUAGAAGAUUUUGGAAAAUUAGCACAAUUAUUGGAUUUAAGUUUAUAUUGGAAAACACCAUUAUUUCGUGCAUGUGUACACGACACAUUAGGACCAAAAGUAAACAUAACAUCACAUACAACUGUGUCAUAUUUACAAUUUGAAUCCUUUUGGAAAAAAUUAUGUAAAAAUCAUCAUGAUCAUGCAUCAAAAUUUAUUCAUUUACUUGUUGUAUCAUCACCAUCAUUAGCAGCGUUACCAGUCAAUCGUCAAUAUUUAACUGUCGAUGAUUGGGACUAUUUAGUACAAGAUAUUAUUGAUACACAUCCUGGUUUGAAAUUUCUGCGUGAAGCACGAGAAUUUCAUUCAAGAUAUAUCAAAACCGUUGUUGCUAGAGUCUAUUAUAAUUGUAAUAGAUCAUGGUCAGGAAAAUUAACUGUUCAAGAAUUAAGACGAUCAAAUUUUCUUUCGACUCUCGAUCGAAUCGAAGAAGAGGAAGAUAUUAAUCGUAUUCAUGAUUAUUUUUCAUAUGAACAUUUUUAUGUAAUUUAUUGUAAAUUUUGGGAAUUAGACUCUGACCAUGACUUGUUAAUAAGUCGUGAUGAUUUGGCUAAACAUAAUAAUGGAGCUAUUUCAAACAAAAUGAUCGAUCGAAUAUUUUCGGGAGCUAUAUCAAAUAGUCAAAAUAUGCGAGAAGGAAAAAUGUCUUAUUAUGAAUUUGUAUGGUUUCUAAUAUCCGAAGAAGAUAAACGUUCCCCAACAAGUAUUGAAUAUUGGUUUCGUUGUAUGGAUUUAGAUGGCGAUGGUAUAUUAUCGAUGUUUGAAUUAGAUUAUUUCUAUCAAGAACAAGUACAUAAAAUGGAAAUAUAUGGUAUUGAAUAUAUGCCAUUUGAAGAUUGUAUAUGUCAAAUGCUUGAUUUGGUUAAACCAGAAGAAGAAAAUAAAAUUCGUUUAAAAGAUUUGAAACGAUGCAAAUUAACCAAUGUAUUUUUUGAUACAUUUUUCAAUCUUGAGAAAUAUUUAGACAAUGAACAAAAAGAUCCUUUUUCAAAUGUUAAAGACCCCGAUUCACCUGAAAUAUCUGAUUGGGUUAAAUUUGCUGAAGCUGAAUAUGAUAAUCUAACUCAUGAAGAUGGAGCCAAUGAAAACCUUGAUGAAGUAAAUUAUGACGAUGAUUUUGAAGAGGACGAGGAAGGAGCUGGAGGACCUUCUACUGAACCAUCGACAAACAAACGAAUAGGUCUUGGUGGUGGUAGUGCAAGUAAUGCUAUUUCUCCGCCACAACGAAUUGGUACGAAUAUUAAAACAAACGAUAUGGAUGAACGAUGGAAAGAUUAA